AUGCAUUACCAUUUUUAUUUCCCAGUCAGUGUAGUUCAUAUUCUAUAUAUUCCCAGUAUCACAAGUCAUCUUUUGUUGUUUGCACUUCUAAUAAUCUAUCUUUCACGGCUAUAUUGUUCGGACUCUUUAAGAAUGUUGUCAGGUACAUGCGGGAUCCUCCAAAAGUAGUGUAUUCUAGAGGAUCUGAGAUGCAGUGGAGGACUCACGUAUAAGCUGGGGGGUCACGUGCACCCGUUAACUUUGAAAAAAAAAUCUGCAUAUGUAGUAAUCUUGAGAAGUUAAUAUAUUUUUAAAUGUGCACCCUAAUAAACAUAAGUGGAUUUGGUGCACUGAUUGAAGCCGUGACCUCCAUCCGUUGUGACCCUCGAUCGAUUCCCUAAUGUCACUUUCCAAUAGAUGUUCCUUAUUUGAAUGACAUCAUCCAUUUUUGGACCUAUUUUGUUAAGAAAAGUAGUAAGGGGCGAAUUUUGUACCCGAGAAUGGAACUUGCAACAAUUUGUGCAAUUUGCACAUCCUUGACCAUUGAGAUAUCACUCUCAAUUGUUUCAACGAUGACGAAGUCUCAGUAUUAGACUGUCCAUAUUUGACCUAUAUACUUGUAUUUUCGGCACUGUUCACGUCAUUCGUGAGCAGUCCAGUACGGCAUCAUCCCACCAUCGUCAUUGGAAGUUUCGCUAGCAUCUAUGUUAAAUAAUGGUGCCCCUGCGGUCUUCAAAUUCUGGGUUGCACAGAGCAACAUAGCUCCCCGGAAGGAAAUCUAAGAUUUUUAUGCAAGAAGAUUAUGCGUGAAAAAAACAAAGAAGAAAAUUAUGGAUAUUUGUGGAUCUACAAUAUAAGCCCUGAAGGAAUUGAGUUUCUUUGUUCCGAUUUGGAAGUCGAGCAUACCGAUGUCAGGGUAUUGAUGCUUGCAUGGAAAAUGCAGUCCGAAAAACAAGGAUACUUUUCCCUGAACGAGUGGCGGAAGGGCCUCAAAGCAUUAAGAGCCGACACGAUUCAGAAAUUGAAGAAAGCACUUCCAGAACUUGAGAGGGAGGUUAGAAGGCCAUCAAAUUUUGUGGAUUUUUACUCCUACGCAUUUCAGUACUGCUUGACAGAGGAGAAGCAGAAGAGCAUAGACAUUGAGAGCAUUUGUCUGCUGCUGGAUCUCGUUUUAGGGUCUCAAUUUCGGCCCCAAGUUGACAGUCUUGUUCAGUAUUUGAGGACGCAGACUGAUUACAAGGUUAUAAACAUGGAUCAAUGGAUGGGAUUUUUUAGGUUUGUUAACGAGAUAAGUUUUCCAGACUUGAGCAAUUAUGACUCGAACCUUGCGUGGCCACUGAUCCUGGAUAACUUUGUCGAGUCUAUGAGAGCAAAGCAGGGCUAAGAGCACUGCUGUUCAGCAUGUCACCGUAUGCACCAAAUAUUAUUUGUUAAUGCGAAGUAUGGUUUCUGCUUCCAAACAGAGAAUGAAUCUUGAAAUUUAUUCGAGACGGGUUUGCUGAUAAUAUACGGUAUCAUUCCCAUGCAGGAGUCUUUCAAGCUGCACAUCAAGCUGCGCAUACCAUUGUUCUGAAAAUGCUCUUUUCUUCUUUCUCUUACUCCUUUUUAUGUUCCCCGCCACAACUUGUAUGCUAAGAUAUAGAAUGAUAAGCAGAUCUAUUCUUUCAGAUAACUACUCGUGUUCAACAGGAAUAGCAUAUAGGUCAAAGUUACUGUUAUUGGUAUCUUCCUUUCAGUAUAAAAGUGUGGGUUUGGUUCAA